CCGGAGAAAAGUCACUCCCUUUCAAUUCACAUACCCAGUAAAACUCUCUCUCUUUUCUACUUGGCUCUGACAGAAGAGUCUUCCUUUUCUCUCUCAGUCCCUCUGUCUCUGAAAUCGCUUUCACAAUUAAUGUGCACUUUCAUUUUUACUCUACUAAAACCUCUCUUUCUUCUUCGAUUUCGACUCUCUCCGAUCUCAAAUUCGUAACUCCAAAUCGUCAAUACACCGACCGAAGAUUUGCAGAGCUGGUUCCAUUAUGAUCCAUGUUCCUUCCAAUGGAUUGACAUUUGACUAAGAUGAACAGAACCAUGUUUUCUGUACCAAGUUCCAAAUUGCCCCGGUUUGGUGUAUGGGAAUCUUUGGUUUCCUCAGUCUUUUGCUGGGUUGACUAUACAAUCUGAUUUGGGCAUUUCACUGGAGAUCUGGGCUCACAAAAGAAGGAACCUUGUACAUUGUUUCAAUCAGAUGUCUUGUUUCCAGGACUGAGGAAAUGGGGGGUUGCCUCUCGACUAGUAGUCAGAGUAGUUGUAGCAGCAGGAGCAGUGGGGAGCCUAUUUCUCCAACUUGUUUGGGUGUUGGUUUGUGCAGGAGAAAGAGAAAUAGGAAAACAUUUUCUGACCAUGUCACUACGACGCAGCAUUUGUCCUCCAAUCCUAACCGGAUAUUCACAAAUGGAAAGAGCCGAACUUCUUGUAUAUUCACUCAGCAGGGUCGUAAGGGUAUAAACCAGGAUGCAAUGAUUGUGUGGGAAGAUUUCAUGGCAGAAGAUGUUACUCUCUGUGGUGUCUUUGAUGGCCAUGGUCCAUAUGGCCAUCUCGUUGCCCGCAAAGUAAGGGAUGCGCUGCCAUUAAAGCUAUUGUCAUUCAUGUAUUCUGGUGAAUCCAAGCAAAAUGGUUCUACUACUACUUGUUGCACUGGGAAUCUUAAAUCAGAUGGAGGAGAUCCUGAAAAGGAUGGCGCUACAGAGGAUAACAUGGACUCUUUAUGGAGAGACACUUUUCUUAAAUCAUUCAAAGCCAUGGACAAGGAGCUAAGGUCCCACCCUAACUUGGACUGCUUUUGCAGUGGUAGCACUGCUGUCACUAUAGUGAAGCAGGGUUCAAAUCUUUACAUGGGAAAUAUUGGGGAUUCUCGGGCAAUCUUAGGAUCUAAGGACAGUAACGAUUCCAUGGUAGCGAUUCAAUUGACUAUUGAUCUAAAGCCUGAUUUGCCAAGGGAAGCUGAAAGGAUAAAACGGUGUAAAGGAAGGGUCUUUGCAUUGCAAGAUGAGCCAGAAGUGCCAAGAGUUUGGCUUCCAUUUGAUGAUGCCCCUGGCUUAGCAAUGGCUCGGGCAUUUGGGGACUUUUGUUUAAAGGAAUAUGGGGUCAUCUCUAUUCCCGAAUUCUCUCACUGGACUCUUACGGAACGAGAUAAAUUCAUUGUUCUUGCUUCUGAUGGGGUUUGGGAUGUAUUAAGCAAUGAGGAAGUAGUUGAGAUCGUAUCAUCAGUUCCAACCCGGUCUUCAGCUGCAAGAAUCCUGGUUGACUCUGCAGCACGCGAAUGGAAAUCCAAAUACCCAACAUCAAAAAUGGAUGAUUGUGCGGUGGUUUGCUUAUUUUUGGAUGGGAAAAUGGACUCAGAAUCCGACUAUGAUGAACAAGGCUUCUCUUCUGCAACGCUUCAGAGCAAUCAUUCCGGUAAUGUUCUGGAAUCAGAUGAUGGUGGCCAGCACUCUGAGCCAUCGUUGCAGAGAAAUUUCACUGUCAGAUCCUCUGAAGAAAACGAUCCCAACAAAAGGCUACCAGUUGAGGCUGAAGUAAAUGAGGAAACUGUAGUUUACGAAGAUCAGAAUUGGUCGGGUUUGGAAGGUGUUACUCGUGUGAACUCACUUGUUCAACUUCCCAGAUUUUCUGAGGAAAGACCAAAAACCUCAUAAUGUUUGUGAUUUCUGAGAAACUGAACUGGGAUUUGAUUUGUUUUUAAUGCCUGGCUUCUCGGCCUCACAAAUGCAAGCAAUGGAAAAUCUGCCUGGACUGGUGGCAUCGUGUUGAAAGUUAAUUAGAUUAUUUUUCUAUUUUCACAUUUUAUUUAUUCAUAUUGCACAACAAUAGGACAUUUUUAAGUAGUGUUUGGUUCAUUGGAAUGAAGACAUUGAACAGAAUGGACGAGAAUAGGGAAAUGAAUCCAUACCAAAACACAAUUAAUCUGACGGAAAAUUGAAGGGAUUUGAUGGGGGAAAAAAUUAAAUGCCAAAAUAUAUUAUCAUCCUUUUUA